AUUAUCUUCAUCGUUUAUUAUUUCUCUGCAUACAAACUUCAUCAAAGCGCACAAUCUCCGAUGGAACUUGCCUACUCCUCUUAUUCCGUCAUUAGAACGCCUCAGUAUCAAGUGUUCAUCAACUUUCGAGGAGCAGAGCUCCGUCACGGGUUUCUAAAGACUCUUGUUAAAGCCCUAAAAGACGAGCAUGUCAACGUCUAUACAGAUGAAGAUGAGGUAAGAGGCGAAACUCUAAAGAUUCUCUUCGAUAGGAUCGCUGAGUCGAGAAUAGCGAUCAAAGAAUGCAUGGAUAGAGGCAAGCUUCGAGUAUUUCCUGUUUUCUACAACGUGGAAACGGACGAUGUGAAGGAUUUGACAGGAAUAUUUGGCGAAAAUUUUCGGCAACUGAGGUUGAGAUAUCCCCAUAAGCUAAAAAGGUCGGCGAAAUGGGAGACAGCUUUAAAGUGUGUUUCAGGAAAGCUUGGUUUGCCUUCAGAACUCAGGUAUCUUACAGAAUGGUUUUAUAAUGCUUUUGGCUAUCGUUCCGUGUACGAGGAGAAAUUCGCAAAGUCAAUCGCGGAAGAGGUUAAGAAAAUGUUAAUAAAAAUCUCCGAGAAAGAAGCACAACUCGCUGAAGCAAAACGCAACUCUCUGUCAAGAAAAAUAGAGGAGAUGAUUAUAUCUGUUAAACCUAAAGGAGUUAUGGUUUUUCUUAUUGUAAUGCUUGUUGCUCCUUAUCUUUUGUUAUUUAUCUGCGGCACCUUAUAUUUUACCGGGUCAUUCGAUAACCAAUCGAAGUUAAAUGGUCGAUGGGUUAAUGAUGAUCGAGUAGUGAUUCUGUAACGACCCAAGAUUUUGAUUUUUGUUUAUUUAUUUGGCUUUAUCAUACAUUAUAUUGAUUUGUAACGCAUAAUUAUAAUUGUAGCAUGGGAUUAAUUUAAUUCCUGGUCAAUGUUA